CUGGAAUUGAUCAUCUUGGUACUUGUAUAUGUUCGACUCGCCCGGCUCUCCGCUCUUGUGUCAUUCAGUUAGUAUACGAAUACGACUCGAAUUCUUCGCUUAUUACUACUUUCCUGAAGGUUACGCGCGAUUUUAUUUCGGGUUAAAAACGUCAUAAAAUUUUAAAAAUGUUUAGCGGAAUCGCAGGAGCGUUCCGGAGCAUCGGCGAGAAGGCAUCAUCUCUCUUCGACAGGAAGAAGAAGGAUGCUGAGCAGCUGGCCCAGGAGAAGGUUGCGGAGGCCGCCCAUGUGGUGGAAGACCAGGUCAAGAAAGCGGGUGAACUCGUCGCGGGUGCUGAAAAGUCCGCUAACGAAGCGGCUGGAACUGCCGCAGACGCUAAGCAUUCGGCCAUCGAUGCUCUAGACAAGGAACUGUCGAAAGUAUCCCUUGCUGCUGGUGAAGCGAAAGACGCAGCUGCCAAAGCCGUCGCUGAUGGGAAGAAAGUCGUCGACACUACUAAAGAUACAAUUGCAACGACAGUAGAUAAUACGAAGAAAGCAGCUGAGUCAGCGAUCAACACAGCGAAAGAUACAAUCAGUAGCACAGUAGACAGUACCAAGAGUACAGCGCAAAGUGCAAUGGAGACGGGGAAAAGCUAUGCUACUGGGGCUAAAGAUACACUGUCAGAUACCGUGGACGCUGCGCAAAAAUCUGCUCAGGCAGCUGUCGAGACUGGCAAAAGUUACGUAGAAAGUGCCAAAGAUUCAGCCGAAAAUUCCUUACAAAGUGCGCUGGAUAAUUCCAAAGGCUAUGCAUACUCCGCAUAUGAAUUCGGCAGAUCGUAUGUAGACUCUGCUAAAGAUUCCGUUGCAAGCACUGUAGACAGUACAAAGAAAGCGGCUUUAUCCACAGUUGAAACGGGAAAGUCCUACGUUGAGUCUGCUAAAGAUACUGUACAAAGCACGCUUAAAAGCACUGUAGAUACAACAAAAAAUGCUGCGGAAUCAGUUGUUGAAACAGGCAAGGGCUAUAUUGACUCAGCAAAAGAAACCGUUGCCAGUAAAGUAGAUUCCACAAAGAAGGCAGCUACGUCUGCCGUUGAUACUAGCGGGUCUUAUGUCAGUUCAGCCAAAGAUACUGUAGCUAACACCGUUAAUAGCACUGUGGAAGCCACUAAAAACGUAGCUAACGCGGCUGUAGAGAAAGGCACAUCCAUUGUAGGCACUGCUAAAGAUACCGUCACGAAUACCGUUCAUAGCACUGUUGAAACGACCAAAAAUGUAGCUAACGCGGCCGUAGACAAAGGCUCAUCCAUUGUAGGCACUGCUAAAGAAUCCGUAGCAAGCACAAUAGAUGCGACAAAAAAUGUUGCCUCAUCCGCAACAGACAAAGGGCUUAAUAUGAUGAGUUCUGCAAAUGAUACAGUAGCAAAUACUGUUUAUUCAACAGUAGGUACCACAAAAACCGUUGCAGCAUCGGCUUAUGAUAAAGGCGCAUCACUUGUAGAUAAUGCUAAAGAAACGGUUGCCAGUUCCGUUGAUUCUACUAAGAAAGUAGCGUCAUCUGCUGUUGAUACUGGCGUAUCUUAUGUUGGUGCAGCUAAAGAUACUGUGGCUAAUACCGUUCAAAGCACUGUAGAAGCGACCAAAAAUGUAGCUAACGCAGCUGUAGACAAAGGCACAUCCAUUGUAGGCACUGCUAAAGAUACUGUCACUAAUACCGUUCAAAGCACUGUAGAAGCGACCAAAAGUGUUGCUAACGCGGCCGUAGAUAAAGGCUCAUCCAUUGUAGGAACUGCUAAAGAAACUGUUGCGAAAACACUAGAUGCAACAAAGAAUGUAGCUUCAUCAGCAACAGACAAAGGGCUUAAUUUGAUGAGUUCAGCGAAAGAUACAGUAGCUAAUACCGUUUAUUCAGCAGUAGAUACAACAAAAACGGUUGUCUCGUCAGCUUAUGAUAAAGGUGCAUCACUAGUAGAUACGACGAAAGAUAAAGUAGCAAACACAGUAGACAGCACUAAAUCAGUUACUGAAUCUGCUUUUGGUAAAGGAGUAUCGUUAAUAGAUAGCGCUAAAGAUACAGUAUCAGGCACAGUUCAGAGCACAGUAGAUACAACAAAAAAUGUAGCAGGCACUGUUUAUGAUAAAAGUGCCUCUUUAGUUUAUGGAGCUAAAGAUAUGGUAUCAAGUUUGGUGUCGGGUGAUAAUGAAUCUUCGGGAAAAGGUUUAAUUGACAGCGGUAAAGACACCAUCAACGCGACAGUGGACCACACAAAGAAAGCAGCUGAAGACGCCAAGGAGAAAGCGAGAUUGGCCGCAGAAGCCGCGAAGGAGGAAGCCAGGAAGGCGGCUGAAGCUGCUGCUGAAGAGGCCAAAAGAGCUGCCAAUGUUGCCAUGGAGGAGUCCAAGAAAGCGGCUGAGAAGGCCGCAGCCGAUGCGUCUAACGCGGUCCACAGCACCGUGGACAACACGCUCAAGCGAGUGGAAAACGCCGCAGACCAGGGCCUGAAGAACGCUGGAGAAGUUGUCGACGCCAAGAUCAAGGACGCUGAUAAAUACCUCAAUGAGAAGAGAGACGCGCUAGUCUCAAACUUGUCAACAAAGGCCCACGAUGGUGCCGAGGGUGCUGCCGGCCUUCUGAGCAAGGGCCUCACUGCUUUCAAAUAAAAAUCUCAUAAAAACAUCUCCCCUCUUAUUCUCUGCGAUAUCUAUACGGGAAACUGACAGACUGCAUUGUAAAUAAAAAUUAUUUUAAUACUUACUAUAAUACCUUAUCUCAUAUACCUAAUAUUGUGAAAAACAUGUUUUUUUUUAUAAUUUUGCAAAUGAAUAAUUAUGGUUACUUUUCUACCGAAUCAAUAUACUAGGUAUAAGAUAUUUAGUUCUGGCAAUAUGUCAUAUAUUUCGUUUUCGAAUCGAUCGUUCUAAAAUCGAUCGGUUUAAAUAUUAAGUGAAACUCUAAGAAUGAUCCAUUUUAAACAGCACAAUAAUAAUUGCAUGCUGUUAGAUUUCCCAAAUUAAUUCUUUCUCACUAAUUUAUAAUUAAUCGUCUAGUUAUGUUUUAUAAUAUAUGCUAGUGUAUAAGAUUUGUUUUGGGCCUUAAUAUCGUACAAAAUAUAUUUAUGUUUCGCUUUGAAAUAUUAGUCAUUAUAAUUGGAUUUUAGUUGUAAGUUUUGAAUGCAGAACUUUUAUUUUGCAUUUAAUGCAUUUUAUAAACAAUCAUGCUUGGCUUACGUAAUACCGUCCAGUUAUGCCUUUACGAUUUUAUAAGCGUACCUACAUUAUCUAGAAAAUUUCGCUCACACGCUUAAAUAAAUCUAAAAAAAUCUAAAAGCUACUUAUAAAAGUAACGGGAAUAAACUAUUCAACACCAUCAAAUAAUUUUCUUUUUUCAGGCCUUAAAAUUGUCCAUACGAUAUUUUUAUACUAUAUAAUAUGUAUGUUUUAUGGAGAAAUAUGGCGUUUUAUAUAAUAAGGAAACGAAAUAUGUUAUUCAUUUUUAAAUUUUAAUAAUGUGUUUAAUAUUUAUAUACGUUUUAUGUGUAAUUACUCAAGUUAAGUGAACAUGUGUAUUUGUUGAUUAAUAAAUGCAUCUCCAUCA